GUGGCGGCGUGGCGCGCGCAUUGCCGCCAUAACCUCGAGACGACGCGGAGCGGCCUGGCACGCGGGAUGUCGUCGUGCACGGACUUGUUGCGCCUCAACGAGAAGACGCUGUUCCGGGACAUCAAGGCGAGUCUGCCGAGCGGCGCCAAGGAGACGCGGAACAUCCUCGAGAUUCGCGACAACGCGGUGUACGUGUGGAAUGCCGACAAGUGCUGCGUGCUCACGCUCAACGUCGCGGCGACACGCGGCAAGCUCGGCGAGGACGUCCCGUAUCAGACGCUACAACCAACAGAUCCGCCGAUAUUUGAAGUCGCAAACUUACUGAUAAACGAGACAGCGACGCAACUGGCACUAUGGGGCAAGUUGGGCGUCGCUCUCCUGGAUUUGCCGAAACGAUGGGGCAAGGACGCCGUUUACGAAGGCGGCAAAGAAGAGAUUCUUUGCACGAAUCACAAUUUCGGCGACUUCGGGACGACCACGGAGAUUCAACGAGCGCGAUGGCAUCCGGGCUCUACGAAUGAUUCUCAUCUGUUGAUUUUGACAUCUGAAAAUUCUUUUCGUUUAUACGAAUGUGAACUGGGCGGCGCACCAAGACUUAUAAAGCGCUGGAAGGUCGGUCGCGGGCCGUCGAACUCACCCUCAAAGAUCCCGGACUUUACAUCCCUCGGCGAGACCGCGGUGGACUUCGAUUUCGUCACUCCUACCCUGAGGAAGCCGGAAAUAUUCGCCGAUAAGAGUGUCGAGAUAACAGAAGCGAUAAGCUGGAAUCAGAUCGAGUGGCCGAUCCUGGUGCUACGCGGAAACGGCGAAGUACUGAUCGUUCGUGGAAACAUUUUAUUGGAAAACUAUGAAAAUCCAGUGGUACUGGGUUCGUUGUCCAUGUAUCCGUCGACCGACGAUAAUUACGGGAUAGAUUCAUGCUCUAUCAUGUGCCUGCAAACUACCCCGCCGAUAGUGGUCAUCGCCAUGUGCACCGGAAAGAUUUAUCACGCGAUACUGCUGUGCGAAAUAUCGGACGAUGACGACGACGACAGAAAGACUUGGUCGCAAUAUGGCUCGAACUAUAGUCUUCAUACACCGGACAAUGCGCUUUACGUUUACGAGUGCGUCGAACUGGAACUGGGUCUUCUCUUUACCGAUGACGAUAAGAAAUAUAAUUGUCCCAUCCACCUUCAUUGCGAUAAGGACAACAAAUCGAGGUAUUUUUGUUCUCACAAUGCCGGAAUUCACAUGGUUAGUCUACCGAUGGUUUCUCAAUUGGAAGAGUUUUUAUGUGAUAACAGCGGAAAUUAUCUACCUUCUCUGUUAAACCAAUCAAUUUUACAAUAUUUAUUUUCCACGAGAACCAAGCAUACGAACGUAGAUGAACCUACGCCGAUGCUUGGUUUUGGCCUCCUUCAAGAACCCUGUAUUUUAGUCGCAUUGCUGCAUACAGGUGUUGUCAUCGAUCUAUCGGUUAUAGAUCUUUAUUAUCUUCCCAGGAUCGAGCAAUUCGAACCUGUAAUCAACACGACAAAUAAGGUGAAUAAGGAACCAUUCGACGUAUACAUUAAGAAAUUACUAAGACGCGAAGUAUCACAGCCGAUAACUAAAAUAGGAUCUCGCUCGAUGUCCUUAAGCGAAUCCCUAGAGUUGUUGUAUCACGCUACGAAUAUCUUUCGUACUCAACAUUUUGUCCGGCACGACAAAGUCCGGGAAGAAAUCGGUAAGAAGGUCCGCGCUUUGAAAGCAUUGAAAAGCCAUCUGUUAAAAGAAGUCGAUACUUUAAUGGAAACGAAGAAAGAAUUGCGACAGACCGCUGAGCGUUUAGCCGAACGAUAUGAAGAUAUUAAUGAUAAACAGAAAGAAUUGGCACGUAGAGCAGAGGAAGUUUUAAGAUUGGUAAAUUACAAAGAACCUUCGAUGACGUCUAUUGAGCGAGCAGAGGCCGAAGACUUGAAGAAAAUGGACGUAAAGAUACACGACAUGCAGAUCCGACUUGAACAGCUCAAAAAGAAAUCCGCUCAACAGACUUCACACACGAAUGGCAUCGAGGCCAAUGGAAAGAAGAAAGAAAUUGUUUUCACACGCAACCAAGAGGAAGCGACAAAAGAGAAUCUUCAUCAGAUGACAAAGAACAUAAAGAAUUUAGUAGAUCACGUAAAACAGAUUAAAGCAGAAAUUAGUCUAUCGUACAUUAGCAAACAGUAAUAUAGCAAGUAUCAAAUAUUAUUAAAUUAUAAUUAGUAAUUGUUAUAUUUUAAUUUGAAAACUUAUAUACAAUAACAAAUUUUGUUAAAUGAUGUUUUAUAGUCCUCCAGCCCUUUAAAAUUUAUGGUAAUACUUAAACAUGUUACUUUUGUCUCUGUAUCAUUUUAUUCAAGUAAUUGUUAUUGUGUAUAUUUGUUAUGUCAUACAAUAACUUGAAUUGAUCACAUAAAAAACCAAAAAAGAAAGAUAACUAUUAACUAAACUGAAAAAGGAACAUGUAUAUAAUAGAAAUAAGAAACAGAAUAAGGAUUAAAAUGAUAUUUAUUA